CGCGAUCCUAUAUCUAUCAUGAGACAGUCACAGUGGGGAUAGCACUGGCGCUUUUAUUGAUCAAUAUCGUAUUUAUUGCAGAGUACUUCAUAGUUUUGCUGUAACACACAAUUGUCCACCAAGUGCUUGAGUAACUUUCCACACGAGCAGACGAGUUUUACUUGUCAACAGCACCACGUUCUCUUUAUCUAUUGAGAAAAGGCGCUGCCACUGGCGCUUUGGAAGUAUUAUUUCGACGAGCAAAUGAUGCUGAAGCAGUUCGAGGGCCGUUGGGAGGCCGUCGAGGAGUUGGAGGGGGAUCCUUUGACAUCCGCGUGGCAUCAGUUUUGGGCCGACUGCGACCCCGAUGAAGUCUGUGCGAAAAUCACCAGCUCGUUUGAGUUUUCGAUUGUAGAGGAAACCUCGACCACCACGACCGCAGCUGUGCCUGUUGAGACUAAAAAUACAACUACUGGGGCGGAAAAAUCGCAGCAUGCAACUACGUGUCAGACCGUGCGGUUGCAUUGCGAUGAAGAUAAUGGUCAAGGGUCGACAUUGGCCUCUUUCGCAGAGGUAGGAACGCACCCCGGGCUCGUUGACGGGCGGCGGGAAGCUGAUGUGACGUUGACAGCCAGUACAGCCUCUACUUCCGUCUCCGCCGAUCAUCCGCCGCGAUCGACACUGUUGGAGGAAGAGGAUGAUCAUGCGAGUAGAGCCAGCGAGGCUGGCGGCAAAAGCGAACUCCUCGCGGCUGAGCUUCAACCCAAACAGGACGGAGCUCGCAGGAACGUGGAUCCUGUCCUCGGCCAAACCCAAACUGCACUGUCCGAAGACGACGAGAGCAGCGAGGACGAAAACGCGGGCGAGUGGGCGCUGCUGGACAUGGCGCUGGGUCACGGAAAGAACAUGGCCACCACGGUUCCACCGGCGGUUGCCCAGUUAGUGCGCUUGCUGUGCAACACGUUGAAACCGGCAGAAAGAAAUCCUGAGGCGGAUGCGCUGUUGCGGACUGCGUGCGUUAAAAGUGAAAUCAGUGUCACGACGCCUGAAGAUCAUUUGCAGGUAGGGCAAGGUAGCUCUGGUGUUGGGAACACGGGGCCAGGAAAGAGCCAAGUACCGCCGACGCAGAUGAAAACGUUGCUGGGGGAGUGCAGCAAACAGCUUUGGUACCAUGUUUUCUUCGCCACAGACGGGUGUUUGGUCCGCCUGCAGCCUCUUACCCGAGACGGAGUGCGCGGAUUCUGGGUGCGGAAAUUCCAGGUUCUGCCGGAAAAUGGCAAUCACAUGGCGGUCCAGGAGUAUGUGCUCAGUACGCGGGGAGAACCGUCGUGGUUCUUCGGAAAGGAGCGACAGGUCACGUACAAGCGAAUCGGGUGA